UGGGGGACGGGGACGGAAAAGCUCCCGCGGUGCUGUAAUUUAGUGCUUCUUUCAAACCUUCCAUUCCCUCUCUACCUAAAUUAUUUGGUGUAAAUUUUGCCUUCGCUGUAUGUACUCUAGGGAAAUAAUAUAAUCAAAGUGGAACAUCGGUAGCUACGACUGUUACAGUGGAAGCAGGAAAACGGCGAAAAAAUGUAUUCCAGCGGAGCAGCUGGUGCUGCUGAGAUGUGUGAGGGGCCCCACUCCACCGGGUCAGUUGGUUCUGACCCCCCCUCUCCUCCGGUGCCGGAGUAUGUAUUCAAACCCCCACAGAGGCCGGAUUUUGGCACCAUGGGCAGGACAAUCAAACUGCAGGCCAACUUCUUCGAGAUGGAGAUCCCAAAGCUCGAGGUGUACCAUUACGACAUCGACAUCAAGCCCGAGAAGUGUCCGAGGAGAGUCAACAGAGAAAUUGUAGAGCACAUGGUCCAGCACUUUAAAACGCAGAUCUUCGGGGAUAGAAAGCCAGUUUACGAUGGAAGGAAGAACCUCUACACAGCCAUGCCCCUGCCAAUAGGAAGAGAAAAAGUAGAGCUGGAAGUGACCAUCCCGGGGGAGGGGAAGGACAGGAGCUUCAAGGUGGCAAUAAAGUGGGUGUCCUGCGUCAGCCUGCAGGCGCUGCACGAGGCCCUCUCCGGACGGCUGCCAAACAUCCCCUUCGAAACGAUCCAGGCCCUGGAUGUGGUGAUGAGACAUUUGCCCUCUAUGAGGUACACCCCCGUAGGCCGAUCCUUCUUCACUCCCUCAGAAGGCUGUUCCAACCCCCUGGGUGGGGGUAGGGAGGUCUGGUUUGGUUUCCACCAGUCCGUCAGACCGUCGCUAUGGAAAAUGAUGCUGAACAUCGACGUAUCGGCCACCGCGUUCUACAAGGCCCAGCCCGUGAUCGAGUUCAUGUGCGAGGUUUUGGAUUUCAAAAGCAUAGAGGAACAACAGAAGCCCUUAACCGAUUCCCAGAGAGUCAAGUUCACCAAGGAGAUUAAAGGUCUGAAGGUGGAGAUCACACACUGCGGCCAGAUGAAGAGGAAGUAUAGAGUGUGCAACGUGACGCGGAGACCGGCCAGCCACCAAACGUUCCCCCUGCAGCAGGAGAACGGGCAGACCAUCGAGUGCACGGUGGCCCAGUACUUCAAGGAUAAGUACAAGCUGGUGCUGCGCUACCCCCACCUUCCCUGUUUACAGGUCGGCCAGGAGCAGAAGCACACCUACCUUCCCCUGGAGGUUUGCAACAUCGUGGCGGGGCAGCGGUGUAUAAAGAAGCUGACGGACAAUCAGACCUCCACUAUGAUUCGUGCCACAGCCAGGUCUGCACCUGACCGGCAGGAUGAGAUCAGCAAACUGAUGAGAAGUGCCAACUUUAACACUGAUCCUUACGUUCGGGAAUUUGGCAUCAUGGUGAGGGACGAGAUGACGGAAGUGAACGGGCGCGUUCUUCAAGCGCCGUCCAUCCUGUACGGCGGCCGGAACAAGGCGAUAGCGACUCCAAUCCAAGGCGUGUGGGACAUGAGGAACAAGCAGUUCCACACCGGCAUCGAGAUCAAAGUGUGGGCCAUCGCCUGCUUCGCGCCCCAGCGGCAGUGCACCGAGCUCCUGCUCAAGGCGUUCACAGACCAGCUGAGGAAGAUCUCGCGCGACGCGGGGAUGCCCAUCCAGGGCCAGCCCUGCUUCUGCAAGUACGCCCAGGGGGCCGACAGCGUGGAGCCCAUGUUCAAGCACCUCAAGUACACCUACCAGGGCCUGCAGCUGGUGGUGGUCAUUCUGCCCGGGAAGACGCCUGUCUAUGCUGAGGUGAAGCGCGUGGGCGACACGGUGCUGGGCAUGGCCACGCAGUGCGUGCAGGUGAAGAACGUGCAGAAGACCACGCCCCAGACCCUCUCCAACCUCUGCCUGAAGAUCAACGUCAAGCUGGGCGGAGUCAACAACAUCCUGCUCCCGCAGGGCAGGCCCCUGGUGUUCCAGCAGCCAGUCAUCUUCCUCGGUGCAGAUGUAACCCACCCUCCUGCGGGAGAUGGCAAGAAGCCCUCCAUCGCUGCGGUUGUGGGCAGCAUGGACGCCCACCCCAGCCGCUACUGCGCCACGGUGCGGGUCCAGCAGCACCGGCAGGACAUCAUCCAGGACCUGGCCACCAUGGUGCGCGAGCUGCUGAUCCAGUUCUACAAGUCCACCCGCUUCAAGCCCACGCGCAUCAUCUACUACCGCGACGGCAUCUCCGAGGGCCAGUUCAACCAGGUGCUCCAGCACGAGCUGCUCGCCAUCCGUGAGGCCUGCAUCAAGCUGGAGAAGGACUACCAGCCCGGCAUCACCUUCGUGGUGGUGCAGAAACGCCACCACACCAGGCUCUUCUGCAUGGAUCGCAACGAGAGGGUGGGAAAGAGCGGAAACAUCCCAGCCGGCACCACGGUGGACACCAAAAUCACCCACCCCUCAGAGUUUGACUUCUACCUGUGCAGCCAUGCUGGCAUUCAAGGCACCAGCCGGCCCUCGCACUACCACGUGCUGUGGGACGACAACCAUUUCACCUCGGACGAGCUGCAGGUCCUCACCUACCAGCUGUGCCACACCUACGUGCGCUGCACCCGCUCCGUCUCCAUCCCCGCGCCCGCCUACUACGCCCACCUGGUGGCGUUCCGGGCGCGCUACCACCUGGUGGACAAGGAGCAUGACAGCGCGGAGGGCAGCCACACUUCGGGGCAGAGUAACGGGAGGGACCAGCAGGCCCUGGCCAAAGCGGUGCAGAUCCACCAGGACACGCUGCGCACCAUGUACUUCGCCUGAUCCGCCAGCGCUGGGAGCGGUGAGAGCCAGCCCGGGUGGGGGGGGGGGGGCCCGCCCCGCGGUCGCGUGCGCGUGCGCACCGCGUCCCUCCUCUCAGCGGGUUCAUUCUCACGCUCGCCUGAAAAACAACCCCCUACACGCCCGCACACACACACACAGGGCUCGCCUCCUACUGUACGUGGAACGGGACGACGCGCGCAGGUUCAUGCAAAACGAAACGCAGCUCAGUUUACCUGUAGUUGAUUAGGGGUGUCAAAACUGUCAGCAAAAGCCCUUGGUUCUCUCUCUCCCUGCAUGUAUGCUUGUUUCAGCACCACCAGUACUUAAUUCAACCAAUUACUCAACCAGGUCAACUGUUUAAAAGGAAUUACGUUUUCAUUAGUGAGACAUGAAAAGAGUACUUACACCUCAUACUGGGGCAGUGUUGCUGCGGUGUUUUAUUCAGAGGUAUGAGGUGCACAGUGUGUUACCUAACUGGACCAAUUACACCAGAUUGGUUUGAAACAAACUGGGGCGCACACUGCAUUUCUACUCCUGCUGCAGCUCUCCAUACAUGUACUUGCAGAGAAAACGAAGGACUUUGUUUACACACAGCUACACACGUUCUUGACCUUUUUACAUCUCAGAUUUUGCAUUCAUGGGGAAGUAUAUUUUUAAAUACACAUUUGCAUGUUCAGGGAUGGAAAUAAACUGCCAUCGCAUGGCAAUUCGCUGGCCAAAACAUGGCCCCAGCAACACGCAGAUUUGCUUUGCUUUAAAACUGACAUUGAAGUUUCCACAAACUGGUCUUGCUGAGGCAAGGGAUCGUCUCACAAGUGACGCACGCUGUCACUCCAGCAGCCAGAAAGCGUGCGUGCUGCUCCCUGCAUCAGCUCGCUCAUUUGGUGGCAGAGGAACCACCUGCCAAGGCGCCGCAUUCAAUUACAUACAGGGGGUUGACUCGGGUCAGCUUGCUGAAUCGGUGAUAAUGGGGGGGAAAGAUCAUCACAAUAUUUACUAAAUUGACUAGCAAUAUUUCCAGCCGUGUCAUUCUCAGAAGGUCGAUGAAGGAAAUUCAGAAGGUAAUGCAAGAUGAACAUUUUGGGCAUUUUGUACAUUGGCGUUACUGACAGUUCAGAGCAAUACUAACCAAAUGAAACGCGUUCGUAAAACUGCCCCCC